GUGGUGCUCGGAACUCUCCCUUUCUGCCCUCCCUCGCUGGCUCUCUCCCUCCAUCCCUGAGUCGAGACAAGGGCACGCGUUCUCCCUGAUCUCCCUGCCCCACCACCACCACCACCACCAACAACAACAACAACAACAACAACCAACGUGUCUGCGAUUAAGUGUGGUUAAGGUACACACACACACACACACACACACACACACACACACACACACAGUAACAUCUUCAACAAAAACAGCACGCAUCCUUCCUCUGCGCAAGGUCAUUACUAAAGAAGAACGAGAAGGAGAAGAAUACAGAAGAAGAAGAAGAGGAACAAGAAGAGAAAGGAAGGAAGAAAGAAUAGCAAAGGAAGUGAAAAAGAUAGAAAGAGGAUAAAAGGAGAGAAAGUAAUAGAAGAAAGGAAAAAAGGAGAAAAGAAAAGGAGAGAAAAACGCAAAAUAUAUAACAGAAUACGAGGGACCUGAGAGCGAACGAAGGAGAAGUGGAAAAAGAAACAAAACAAAACAGGUGGAACAAAAAGUAGAAAACAAAAACAAAACAACAGGAAAAUAAGAACAAAAAACAAGGAGGAGAAAACAAGAAUAUAGAAAGAAAGAAAGAGAGAGAAACACACACACACACACACACACACACACACACACACACACACACACACACACACACACACACACACACACGCACACACACACACAGACACACACACAGUUAUCACCACCACCACCACGUAAACCUAACCUAACUUGACCCACUCAACCCACCCUUCCCCCCACUACCACCACCACCACCACCACCAUUAACACCACCAUGGCCUCCGCAUCGCUGGCCUCCUCGUGGUCGGCGUCUUCUGCGUCACUCUCGACCUUUGUGACGCAGAACAUGACGCAGAUGUUCUCCGCGCGGCGCCUCGGUACGCUGUUCUACGCCGUUACGCCCGCCGACACCACCUUCGAGAAAAUAGAGGAUGUGCCCAACUACAUCAAUGAGGCCAUCCCGUGGUUCAUCGUCUCCGUAUUGGUGGAGCACUACCUGGGACUCCUCCUGCUGGGGCGCAAGACCGGGAGACUUGCGGACAACGUCGCCUCCGUCGGGCACGCCACUCUCUACGAGUCCUUCAAGCUGUUCACGCGCUGGGUUGAGAUGAGCGGCUACCUGUGGCUAUACGAGUACCGCUUCGUGGACAUCCCCUGGCAGUCGCCCCUCGCCUGGUGGGCAGGAUUUGUCGUGGCGGAUUUCGUCUACUACUGGUUCCACAGGGCGUCCCACGAGGUCAGCGUGAUCUGGGCCUGGCACCAAGUCCAUCACUCUCACGAGGACUACAACGUCACCGUGGCUCUGAGGCAGUCUAUGUUCCAGCGGCUCUGCGCCCUGGGCUUCUACCACCCCUUUGCCCUGCUCGGCGUGCCUCUCCCCGCCAUCUGCGUCCACUGGCACCUGAAUCUUUUGGUACAGUUUCUCAUCCACACGGAGCUGAUAGGAAAGUGUGGGCCGCUGGAGUGGCUCUUCAACACGCCCUCACAUCAUCGCGUGCACCAUGGUGAGUGA